UCCAGUUCCAGUUUUGUCGUUUUGUCCAACCCUUUUAGGGUAACCGAAUGAUCUUUGGAGUUGUGGUCGUUCAGAAUUCAAAUUAAUCGUUCUUGUGUAUUGUUUGUUAUUUUUGAAAUCAUCACAAGCUCGGUCGCAGCUCUAGAAAUGAGCUGUGCGUUUUUUAUUGGCUCGCCACAAUAUUAUUUAUAACCUAAUUGUCACAAACUGUUUCUUUGAGUUAGCUGAUAAAUAUGGACGGUAUUCGCGGAGAAGUUAGCAAUAAAAUAAGAUCUGCAAUCAAAGCUAAACUGAUGGAGCUGGGUGCAUAUGUUGAUGAUGAGCUGCCAGACUACAUUAUGGUCAUGGUUGCAAACAAACGAUCCCGGCAGCAAAUGGAGGAAGAUUUGCAGCUUUUUCUUGGUGAUAGUACUUCAACAUUUACCAACUGGCUGCACACAGUUCUUAGUAAACUGCAACAAGUUACUGUAAAUAGUACAGAGAUUAAAAAGGCCAUAGACAAGAAGAGGCCAUCAUCUGAAGACAACAAAAAAGAGAAACGGAAAAAGCUGAAGAAGGAGAAAGAUAAAGAAAAAUCGGAUAAAGAUGAGAAGACGUCAGAGAAAGUUAAAACCACAGAAAAAGAAUUGGAUGACAAUACUAGUGGUCUCAAGCAGAGACCUCCAAAAGAAAGACCUAUUAAGUCAGAGCCAGUUGACCUAUUUGCUAAAGAUCUAUCAAAUGAUCAAGUCCAAAUUAAUGUCCAACCACCAAAAUCUAACACUAUCACCACACAAGAAAAGAAGUCAUCAGAAUCAAAGGGAAAUGAAGAGGAAGAUGAUGAAGACUUCAUCAACAUUAAAGCUGAUGUUGAAGUUGAUAUGUGGGGUGAUACUGAGGAAUCAUCUGGCUCUGCUUUGAAAACCUCAAAUAUUGAAAGAAAGCUGCCUGCUCCAAGUAGCACAGAGGUAAGGGUCCCUGAACCUGGAAUACAGGAAGACCAGACAGAUCAUGCUAAGGCAGCAGUGGACAAGACUGCACUUAAUUCUUCUGUGCCACUAAAAGAAGUUGUCCCCCCAAAGAGUUCUUCUCCUUCAAAGACUGAUACUCAAGAACCAAAACCAGCUCCUCGCAUAAUAAAAAUAUCUGAGACGAUACGUCAAGAGCAGGAAACUCUAAAACCAGCUUCCAAGGUUGUUAGAGAUCCGCAGGCCUUAGCUAAACGCAUUUUUCAGUCCCAUAUUGUGAGUCAGAGGAGUGUUCAAGAAAAAUCAGAAAAAUCACGGAGGCGAAGCUCUUCUACUGCUGACAAUCACAAUCGAAGAAGGGAUCACAGAAAUAGUGGAAAGCAUGAACAGCAAGAUCUGAGAGAAACCAUUCGCAAGGAGCGUCAGAAAGAGAGGGAACAUGGUAGAGAUCGAGACCGCGAACAGCGACGCUCAAGAGACCAAAAUCAUUCUCGAAAAUCGCAAACAAGUGCUGUUCGCCCAUCUUUGUCUGAAAAUGAUGAAAAUGGAACUGAUCCUACAUUAUUGAGUGUGGUACGAGUGAAGCCUCGUCCACACGUACCAGCAGCCAUGCAGGCUAAUCGUUCCCUCAUUCUUAAAGCUGUUGCUGAAGCUCAAAAGUCAGUAUCUAAGGUGGUUGUUCGAUCUGAAUUGUCUAAUAUCAAAGUUUCUCCCAAACAAGUCAAGAAAAAUGUAAAAGAUAGGUUACAAUUACAAAGCCAGUCCUCAUCAAAUAAUGAAGCGUUACCUUUAAAACAGCUGGCUCGAUUGCCAUCUCGAGAAAAAUUGAAGAGAAUGUCAUUCACAGUGGUUGGAAAGAAAGCUGCCCCAUCGAAAGAAUCAUUAGUAGCAGAGUUCGGGGAUGGAAGUGAUGACGAAGGCUCAAUUAUUUUGGAUCCCUCUUUGAACAUUCUCAUCCAGGUACCUGCCUCUCCUGCUGGUGAAGAAUCUCAAGAGUCAUCAGACCCUAUACAAACAGAUAAAGUUCGGAGAUGGAUCAAAGAUGUUGAAGAAGCCACAAAAUUUGAAACUGCACUCCCUGAUGUCCACUCAGAACAAGGCACUGAUACUGGAGCAGAUGCAGAAACAGAGCUAGAAACUGUAUCCAAACAUGCCAGUGAAAUAGACCCCGAUGACUUAGAUGAUGCUCUAGAUGUUGAUACUACUUCUUUGAAAACCUCUGAUAUUCAUAGUGGCGCUGUCUCAGAAAAUCAACCUAUUCAAAGAAAACCAACGAAGACACAAUUUGUUGUCACCCUUGAUGGGUUGGAUCCAAUGCUACUACGGUCCUUUGCUUUAGAAACUGAAGGGAAAGAUGGCUUAAGCAAACCUCAAACUCAGGUCGGUCCUGGUGAUAGAAGUGAGGAAGAUGAAGAUGAAGAUGAAGAAACUCUCAGAAAAGAAUUAGUUAAAGAACAACAACUUAGAGAGGAGUUGUUAAGACAACAGGCAGCUGUUCGGGAACAGAAGGCAGUUCUUCAUCCCGCAAUUGCUGCACCUAUUCCCUCUUCCUUGAACCCAGCAAUGAAGAGACCUGUUUCUCCCAGCAGCUCUGUGGAAGUUCGUCCCUCAAAAGUUAUUUCAGCUGGAAGCAAGAGUUCAAGCCUUGAACGCUGUAAGUUCUGGCCAGCUUGUAAAAAUGGGGACAAGUGUGAAUUUCUUCAUCCAAGCACAACAUGCAAGUUGUUUCCAAACUGUAAAUUUGGUGAGCGCUGCCUGUAUAUUCAUCCUACCUGUCGCUUCAACUCUGCUUGCACUAGAAGUGACUGUCCAUAUACUCAUACUGGCCCAAGGGCUACUCACAGUUCACAGCUCACACCUCCUGUUGGUGCCAAUCAUUUGGGAAGUCAAACAAGUAUCAAGCAGGCUUGUAAAUUCUUUCCUAAUUGCAGUAAUAUAAGCUGUCCCUUCAUUCACCCUACGGUUUGCAAAUUUGGAACACAUUGCACCAAGCCCAAAUGCCCCUUCAUACAUAGUGACAAAGGAUUAAUCACUAAACAUAAAUGGGUUCGUCAUUAAAGACUGACUAUUUAGAUCAUAUGUACAUUGGAUGUUGUUGUUAGAUUGGUCGUACAGUAGUAAAUUUUGUUGGUUUUAGAGGAUUUAGUUAAAGAAAAACCUCACAGAAAUUUAUUUGUGUUGAAUUUUAUGUUCCUUUCUUAUUUAAAACAUGGUGAAGGCUUGGUUAGAGUGGUAAAAACCUUCACUUCAUCUUAAAAGCAAGACUACAAGGGCCCUUACAUCAAAGGGUGUCCUAUCAGCUCAGAAAGAAUUGAACCUCUCUGACGUCUGAAUUGCAAGCAGAAAGAGUUCAAUUCUUUCUGUGCUGAUAGUACCUAAGUUCUCAUGAUUAUUUUGUCAAUUUAAAAAGAUUUAAUAUAAGGCUCAUGUUAUUCCAAAAAAUUGGGUCCGGAGUGUUUCCGGAGUUAACAUAAGCCGUCUAUCAUAAGGUCACUCAUAAGGGGCUGUAAGAUAGAUUUUUUUGUUAAAUCAAGAAACGGCCAUUGUAGUAGUAGCUUUAUAACUGUAGUACUUUAUUUUGCAAACCACUGAACUGUGUUGAUUCAAGAAAGAGAUGAAGUAUUGUUGUUGACAGUUUCUCCUUAACUGUUUUGGUAUCAGGUAACUUACAAAAUUACACUUUGUUAUCUUUAACAAAAAUUGUUUGAAAAAGUUUCAUCAAGUAGCCAUCCAACCAAUCAGCCAGUUCCAUUUCUCUAUUUUCAGUGUGCCGGAAUCUAUUAAUUGAAUGUGUUGUCUAAGUUUACUUGUAUUAAAUCAAUAAUUUAAAUGUGGCUAUCUGCUGAAUCUCUACUUUUGUUUUACAAUUGUUUAAAUUGAAUCAGUAUGUGUCAGGAUUUUUUGUUAACAUCUGACCUUGUUCACUACAAGUAAAGAAUGAUAUUGAGAUCCCUAAAGAAAUGGUGUCUACAAUAUUGCCACAAACCUAAUUUCUCCAUUAUAUUUACCUUCAGUAUUGGACCCGCAAUCAUUUGUGUACUUCUGUCUCGGACAUUACCUAAAUAUCUCUGACCUAAACUGCUUUAAGGCUUUCAAGAUAAAUGUGUGACUGUUCUUUCUCUUUUCUGUGCAAGAACUAUAUUUUCUCUAAAUGGAGUGCUGUAUGUUUCUGAGCCUCAGUUAUUUCUUUAUUGUAUAAGAAAUCUCUAUUAGUUAUCUACUAGUAUGAACCGCAUAAUAGAUUGCUUUUCAUGAGGUAUUUUUAUAUGUCUAAUGAACUCUGGUGUGAGGUCAAUCUAACUGCCACCGUUUUCAAUAAGCUAUUCUAGAAGACAUGAGACCUUGAUCAUCAUCAUGCGUCAUUGAGCUUUCUCCAAUCCAAAGAUUCAUAUUUUCAGUCACAAUCUGUAAACAUGCAUGACGUCAACCGAACACUGUAUUUAAACGAUCAUACCAUGAAUUUUCUGUUUUGUUUCCUGCUAUUAUUUCAUGAACUAGCAGAAGCAGGAAAGAAAAAAAAUCCAAAAUUCUUACUUGGGUUAACCGUAUUUGUAUUAAACAUCAUUCAACAACACA